UAUUUUUGUUAAAAUAUCUUGUAGCAUAUCUUUAAACAAACAUUGCGGAUUUGAGAUUAUUUAUUACAUCAAGUAUAGACGAUAUUCCGAGUUAUUACACAGUUCAUAGGAAGUCAAAAUUUGAAACAAGAUGCAGGCCAAUCGGCAGGCGACAUUUUCAUUCCUGUUUUUCAUUGGAAGCCUUCUCAUUUCUGUGAUAAUUGUGCCAGGGAUUCCGGAAGCCUCUGGAUCUACGCAGAAAAAACUCGUGAAGGAUGUACCAUUGGUGUCACAGAAUAUAAACUCACAAUUGAUUCGGUUGAUUAACAAGAACGUCAUCAGCGAUCAUCUUGAUGCCAGUUACAGAUUUCUCUCCAUGUCUAUCUAUUUCGGUCGUGCGGAUGUAGCAUUACCAGGAUUUUCAAAGUACUUCAGAAAGUUGUCUGACAGGAAACUUGAAAAUGCCAAUUUUCUCAUGUCAUAUCUCAAUAAACGUGGAGGGUAUGUGGAGCUUAGAACUGUUGAGGCGCCUACAAGAAAUCAUUGGUUAGAUGGUCUAGAUGCAAUGUAUACAGCGUUGGAAAUAGAAAAGUCAAUAAACGGAAAGUUACUACAUCUUCAAAAACAAGCUGCGAAGCAUGAGGACCCUCAUGUAACGCAUACAGUUGAAGACAAGCUUUUGGAUCCUACAGUAGAUUUAAUCAAGGAAAUUGGAGACCACAUAACAAAUCUGUCCAGAAUGAUGGGAGAAAACUAUGGGCUGGGAGAAUAUAUGUUUGAUAAAGACUUAUAAAAUUGACUAUAUAGUCAACAAAUAUACGUUUCAUACAGACUACGGGUUUGAAAAUAUAUAAUUCUCAAUGUUUUGCCAAAUAAAUUGUGUUUGAACAUUUAAGCAACUCGUACAAUGUAUUUCUGUAAGACUCUGAGAUUACAAUUAAAGAAACUUUAACAUGCUGUUAUGAAGAACAAAUAAGAUAGUGCACGAUUCUCUGAUAUUGUAACCGAUAGUAUUUUUAACAUAUCACAUUCGUUCGAUCAAUAUGAUUUAAAUGAUAAUUAUUUAGAACUUUUGCUAUGUAAGAAAAUCUGUGCUCAAUUUAACAGGACAAUAUUAAGAUAUGGAAAACUGUUAUUCUUUCUCUUUU